AUGGGCGAAGCCAAAUACCCGACGGUGUCGGAUGCGCACGUCGAAAAGGACCAGGGCAACGACGCCGGCCUCGAGUCGGACUCGACGCGAGACGAAGAUGCGACCGUCGAUAGAGAGGCUCAGGCCGGUGUCCAGAAGGUCGAGGCGAUCGCCGCCGUCUGGUCGAAAACCGCCCUCGUCGUCGCCUACAUAUUCAUCUGGAUCGUCUACCUGAUCGUGCUGAUGCAGCAGGGCGUCGUGACGGCGCUGAACCCCUUCGUGACCUCCGCCUUCCAGCACCAUUCCCUGACGCCGACAGUGGGGAUCCUGAGCAGCGUUAUUGGGGGGGUGUGCAACCUGACCGUCGCGAAGAUACUCGACGUCUUCGGUCGGCCGCAGGGAUAUGCGAUGUCCCUGUUCAUUGCGACCGUUGGCCUCAUCAUGAUGGCGGCGACUACAAACGUGGAAAUGUACACCGCGGCGCAGGUGUUUUGGACAGUGGGCACCAACGCUCUGCUGUACAGCAUCAAUAUCUUCGUCGCCGAUACAACCAGCCUACGCAACCGUGGCCUUAUGACGGCGCUGACUGCAUCCCCGAAUAUCGUUACCAUAUGGCUGGGCGGUCCUAUCUCGGAAGCCUUCCUCAAGGGCCCCGGCUGGGCCUGGUGCUUUGGAGCCUUCUCCGUCAUCGUACCCAUCAUGUGUCUUCCGCUGUUUGGCGUACUCAUGCUGAAUUACUACAAGGCUAAGAAGAAGGGUCUCAUCGUGGUGAAGAAGGGAACAAGGACGCCCUGGCAGUCGUUUCUACACUAUUGCCGCGAGUUUGAUGCCGUCGGCCUCCUUUUACUCACCACCGGGCUGACUCUCUUCCUCUUGCCCUUCAAUCUCUAUACUCUGCAGCCCCUUGGAUGGCGCUCGCCGCUGAUUAUUUGUUUACUGGUGUUUGGAGUCGUCCUUAUGAUCGCGUUCGUCUUGUGGGAAAAGUUCUUUGCCCCCGUCAAAUUCAUCCCAUACUCCCUGCUACUUGAUCGGAAUAUGAUCGGUGCGUGCGUGCUCGGUACCGUUCUCUUCAUCAGCUUCUUCUGCUGGAACAGCUUUUUCAGCUCUUUUCUCCAGGUUGUCAAUGGCCUCAGCAUCACCAAGGCCAGCUACGUUGUCCAGAUCUAUGGCCUUGGUAACAGCUUAUUUGGGAUUGCUGCCGGUAUAGCGAUUCGAUAUACUGGGCGUUUCAAGGCCAUUACACUGUACUGUGCUAUGCCUAUCUAUACUCUCUUCAUGGGUCUCAUGAUCUAUUUCCGGGAGCCGGACGUGAAUAUUGGCUACAUAAUUAUGUGCCAAAUUUUCAUCUCCCUUGCUGGUGGAAUUCUUAUCAUUACUCCACCAAUUGCUGCCAUGUCCGCCGCAUCCCACCAGCACAUUGCGGUCGUUGUCGCCAUUUUGUCCAUGUUCUCAUCCAUUGGUGGUGCCAUCGGGCUUACUGUGGCUGGCGCUAUAUGGCAGUCUAUCUUUCCGGCCAAGCUUGCCGAAUACCUACCCGCCGAGGAACAGGCAAAUAUUCUCAGUAUUUACGGUAUGCUGGAAGUUCAACUCAGCUAUCCGAUUGGGACACCAACCCGAAUUGCUAUCCAGCGCGCAUACGCAAGCGCACAAUCGAUGAUGUUGACUGCGGGAACCGUAAUCUGGGUUGUUGGGUUUAUUGCUGUUGCCUUCUGGCGGAACACAGACGUUAAGAACUUGAAGCAGGUUAAGGGCCAAGUUAUAUAG